CGACGAGCUGCCACGUUUAUGGACAUAAUAUUAGGCACAAAAUAAAUGAAAGAUACACAACCCUUUUUCCCUCCCAAAAAUACUUUCCUUCCCUUCACCUCUUUCUCUCAAUCAUAUCCCAUAAAAUCUUCGACUUCCAAAACCAAAUUCUUCUUCAAAAAUCCCCUCUAUGAUAUUAUAAGUUUAUUAAUAUUCUUCCCCAAGAAACAUUACACUUUUCCUCAAUGAUCAAAAUGAAAAGUUAUCACAGAUUUCUCUCCCUUUUCUUAGUUUUGUGUUCUUGUUUCCUCUCUUUCUCCCAUGCAUUUGAUUUCUACGUGGGUGGAAAACAAGGCUGGGUUUUGCACCCCUCAGAAGACUAUAAUCAAUGGGCUGGGAGAAACAGGUUCCUCAUCAAUGACAAUAUAAUUUUCAAGUAUAAGAAAGGAUCCGACUUGGUGUUGCUGGUGAACAAAGAUGAUUACGACAGCUGCAAGACCAAGAAUCCUAUUCAGAAAAUGGACAAUGGGAAUUCUGUGUUCAAAUUGGAUCGUUCUGGACCUUUCUACUUCAUCAGUGGAAAAGAGGACCAGUGUAAGCAGGGGCAGAAAUUGAUCGUUGUUGUUCUGCACUUGAAGAGGGGAGGGUCAGCGCCGGCUGCAUCUCCCAAGUUACCGCCAG